AUGGAGGAGACACGAGAUGAUUCGGGGCCAGCAGAGCAAGGGCCUUCAAAUUCUGUGUGGUGGGGUUCAGAAUACAUCGAGAAAUUUGCUUCUGUCUCUUUGCUUUCUCAAGAUGAUAUUCUGAGCAAUAAAGAAUCACCUAAAAAUUAUGAGGAAGAUGGUUUGUCUUCUCAGACUGCAUCACAAGUUCUCUGGAGUACUGGGAUGCUUUCUGAACAAAUACCAAAUGGUUUUUACUCUGUCAUACCGGAUAAAAAGCUAAAGGGGCUCUUUGUUAAUAUUCCAACUUUAGAUGAGCUUCAUUCUUUGGGAGCUGAGGGUUGCAAGGCUGAUGUAAUUCUUGUAGACGCUAAGAAAGACAAAAAACUAUCCAUGCUGAAGCAAUUGAUUGUGGCACUGGUGAAAGGGUUGAACUCAAAUCCAGCCGCAAUGAUAAAAAAGAUUGCCGGAUUGGUUUCUGAUUUUUAUAAAAGACCAAAUGUGGAAAGUCCAGCAAAAGCUGCUCUAGAAGAAGCCUCCCAUAUGCUAGAAAACAAAGGUGUUCAGUUUCUGGGGCAAAUAAGGCACGGAUCAUGCCGUCCUAGGGCAAUCAUGUUUAAAGUUUUAGCAGAUUCUGUAGGUCUUGAAAGCAGACUCAUGGUGGGUUUACCAAAUGAUGGGAUUGUUGAGUGUGUGGACUCAUAUAAACACAUGUCUGUGAUUGUUGUGUUGAAUUCUGUGGAACUACUGGUCGAUCUUAUGCGGUUUCCUGGUCAGUUGAUACCACGGUCGACCAGGGCGAUUUUUAUGACUCAUAUUUCAGCGGCAGGGGAGAGUGACUCUGCAGAAAAUGAUUCCUGUGAUUCUCCACUUGAACCAAACAGUCCGCUGUAUGGUUUUGCAGAAAGAGUAGAACCUGACAGUGCUGAAAAAGACGAAAGCCUUCAGUUCCAUAGGAAAUUAGAGUCAUCUUCGAAUGUGUCAGGCCCUUCAUUGCGAAAUAUGAUGUUGCGAUCUGCUACCUCUAGUGACAGAAAAUUGAGUUUAUCACAUAGUGAACCCAAUAUUGCAACAACUUUUUGGAGACGUAGCCGGAAAAAGGUCAUUGCUGAACAGCGGACUGCUAGUUCAAGGGAAGGAACAUGUAUGAUUGGAAGUCUAAUUUUUGCUUUUGUCCAUGACAAGAGAGUACUCUCUUAUAUGGCAAUUUUCAAUCCUUUUGAUAGGAAUGAUCUCUUAUCAAUUGACAGCCAUGAGUUAAAAGAAUCAGACCACUUGUUUGGGAUCAGGGGUUAUGGGCAUUAUGAACUUAUUAAAGUAUAUCAUCCAGAGCAUCCUUCAUUUCGAGCGCGGGGACGGUCCAUGUUAAGUGGGGAUAGACAUUCAAUUAGAGAUUACACUGAUGAUGUUGGUACAUCGAGCUACAGGUCAGAGGGUGCAUCAAUUUUAGAAGCUCGUAGAAUGAGAAGGAGAAGUAUUAGCAUGACCCCCGAAAUUGGUGAUGAUAUCUGCCCCUUUGGCUCUAAGGGUGACGUUGGCUUUUAUGGCAUUUCAGGUAGAAAACCCAACCCAGCACAUAGUUUACAGAAAGCUGGCUGUGAGGCCCGUGCAGGCCCUGUGAUAGAAAACCUAGAAGCUAGUUUUUUCUGGAGCUCCUCCAUUUUGGAGGCUGUACGUGCUAUGAAUGAAACUUUGAAGCAAAAUCGUCUUUUGAGGGAACAUGGCGAUGAUAGGUUGUUUACAAAUAAUUUAGAUGACAAGGAUAAUGGUUCAGAUCUGCAGAAAAAUCCAAACAGGGUAGCCUGGACAAAUAGGAACCAAGUAGAUCUUAUUGUCUUGUCUAUCCUCUUCGAUGGAUCACUAUCCUUUUCAGUCAGAACACAGAGCAACUCUUGUGUGAGUCCUUUGACAUAUGGAUAUGAGUUAUGGGUAUCAAAUUUUGGUCUUGAUGGUCGCGAUGCAAUAUCUGGCGGAAGGUCUGCUUUAUAUACCCUUGAAAGGAACCGCAUAAAUUCCCAGAAGGCAAUCUCAUUACCAUCAUCUCCACAUGAAUAUAGAAGUCAAACUUCUGAGAGGAGUGGACCUUCAGGCUUUGUAGCAAAUGAUCAAUUGGUUUCAACAUGGAAUAGAGUUCUUGAAUCUCCCAUGUUCCAUAAUAAACCCCUACUACCUUUCCAAGAAUGGCAUAUUGAUUUCUCAGAAUUAACUGUUGGAACUCGUGUUGGGAUUGGGUUUUUUGGGGAAGUAUUCCGUGGAGUAUGGAAUGGUACGGAAGUUGCAAUCAAGGUUUUUCUAGAGCAAGAUCUAACUGCUGAAAACAUGGAAGACUUCUGCAAUGAGAUAUCAAUUCUUAGUGGUCAGAAGAAGAAGCUUAACUGGCGGAGGAAGCUAAAAAUGUUGCGUGAUAUAUGCAGGGGUUUGAUGUGCAUACAUCGAAUGAAGAUUGUGCAUCGGGAUCUUAAAAGUGCAAAUUGCCUUGUGAAUAAGCAUAUGACAGUUAAGAUCUGUGAUUUUGGACUCUCCAGAGUAAUGACAGAUACACCAAUUAGGGACUCUUCAUCUGCAGGAACUCCUGAAUGGAUGGCACCGGAGCUUAUUCGUAAUGAACCCUUCAGUGAAAAAUGUGAUAUUUUCAGCCUUGGGGUGAUAAUGUGGGAACUCUGCACACUAAGUAGGCCAUGGGAAGGUGUUCCACCAGAGAGGGUAGUUUAUGCUGUUGCUAAUGAGGGAUCCCGUUUGGAGAUUCCAGAAGGUCCACUGGGCAGGCUAAUAACGGGGACGAAUCCAGACAUUGGUGCUUGGGAGGGCCAGAAUAUUGUUGGGCGGAACCGGAUGUACGGCCAAGCUGUGAAGAGAUACUCUCUCGUUUGCUCGAUUGCGAGUACACACUUUGCUGAUAUCAGCAGUCUGUUUCUUGUGUAUACAAAACACGGUAGAGGUGUUGCAAUGUUCUCGGCUAAGUUGUAA